UUUUUCUAUUUUAGGUAAAUGGGCAAGGAACUUUUAGGAUCUCAGAUAGUUUGCUGUAUUUUUUUGUGUAAUUGAUUUUUGAUAUUAUUAGUAAAUUUUAUUUUUUUCUUUUAUUACAGUAAAGGCGGGAAUUUCUAUGAAAAUAUCUGGAAGGGCAUUAUCGUCAUUACAGUAACACCAUUCUCAUUUGGUGACGUGGGCGUGAUCAUUGGUCAUUCAGUACAAAACGUCUUGCCCUUUAACAAGUCAAUGCCAGUAUUACGAUGACACGUCAUCAUAAAGAUCGCUUACCCAAGCAAACCAAGGAGCUGACACGUGUCAGAUUUGUCCAUGUCAUGUGGACCCCACACCAAACCCUUUAAAAUCUAUUGACAGAGCUUACAAGCGCCAAAACCCCCCAAUAUCUCUUUCUCUCUCUCUCUCUGGGCUCAGCACUUUGUAACGGGUUUUUGGGUUCUUGAUAUGGGUUUCUAAGCAUAUGGUUGAGCUUGGAGUGUUUGUUUCAUCGUUUUGGCUUUGAGUUCCUGUCUUGAAGGGGAAGCUUUGCUUUUGGAGUAGAUUGAAGAUCAAUGGAGAAUGAAGAUUCGGAGCAUGAACACAAGCCUCUUACAACUGCUACAAUUGAGUCUGCUAGUAGGAGUACUUCUAUGAACUAUAGUACUAGUGGAGCUAAUAACAUCUCUCUUGUAAUCAUGCAAGCAACGGCUCAAUCACAUUCUAAUUACAGACCCCAUUCUUAUCCCAUUGAUAAUUUUUCUGAAUCUGCCCCUAAGACUGAAAAACUUGAUGGAUCUUUCCUGACCCUUGGAAUUGGGAGUACUGCAGAUGCUAUGUCUAGAUGUAAUAUUUCUGGAGUUGAAAGUAUUCCAGUGCCGGCUCCUCAAUCAAACACUUCCAAUAGCUUAGCCGAAAGUAAUUUAAAUCCUAGUCCCAGCAUGGCUGAUAGUGUAUCUGAUGCUCAAAGUGGUGUCUAUGGUCCUACUUUUCUUGGCAAUGGCCAAAGGGUUGUGCCUGGUGUCAAUGCAAGGUUUCUUUCCAACCCGCGUUUUACUGCAGAAACACCUCAAAAUGAUCAGCUGCAUGCCACUUAUCCUGUCAAUCAGCUAGAAACAUGUGAGACCUGGCUAGCUAGAAGUAUUCUACGUGAUAUACGUGGCAAUAACCAAUGGGCGGUUGUGUCUGGUGUUAGCUCCUCCAACCCACAUUAUAUUACAGAAACACCUCAAAAUAAUCGGGUGCAUGAGUUUGAUCCUGGACAUAGAAGGGAGAAUUCAAGAAUGGGAGGUAUUGACACCAAUAGUGGUUAUCAAGGGCACUCAGCUAUACCUUCAAUACCUAGAAGCACUCAACUUGGGUUAUCUAGCAAUGACCAAAGAACUGUUUCUGGUGUUGAUUCAAGGAGGUGUCAUUUCAACCCACGAUAUGUUUCCGAGAUACCUCAAGGUGAUCUUGGAUCUACAAGGGAGGAUGCAAGAAUGGGAGAUAUUGACCACAGUAGUGGUUAUCAAGGUUCAAUUCCUACAAGCACUCAACUCGGGUUUUCUAACAGUGGCCAAAGGAGUUUUUCGAGGUUUCAUUCCAACCCUCAAAGUGAUCCUGGACCUACAACAGAGGAUUUAAGAUUGGGAGGUACUCACUAUCAAGGUCACUCAGCUAUUACUUCAAUACCUAGAAGCACCCAACUUGGGAUUUCUGGCAAUGCCCAAAGGAUUGAUCCUGGUGUUGGUUCGGGGUUUCGUUCCAACACACAAUAUGUUUUAGAGACACCUCAAAAUUAUGAGAAUGCAAGAUUGGGAGGUCCUAACGUAAAUUAUGGUCAUCAAGGUCACUCAACUAUAUCAUCAAUGAAUAGAAACAGUCAUGUUGGGAUGACUGACUCCAGACAGGGCAGGGAAACUAGCUUUCAACCAGCAAUGGGCCAGUCACAGAAUUUUAUGGAGACUGUUGGGCCUCAGAGAACAGGGAUUUUGAUAGGACAGAGUACUUCAAACACUCCAGUGACAAAUAACAAUGGCAUUUCUCAACCUUGUAGUGUUUCCAGUUCCACUAGACCCUCCCUUAAAAGGGAUGUAAUACAAUCUUCCCAAGCUACUUUCCAAAGUCAACACGAUAAGAUGAGAAAACGUUCACCAAAUUCGUCAGGCGUUGGUUAUCACAUGGCCCAAGCCAACCAUGAGCGUUCUUAUAACAACACACCACUUCCAAACCUGCUCCAGACUACUCCCUCCUUCUCACCCCAUCCACAGAUGCACAAUGUUCAAACGUAUGGUCCAUAUCGUCCUCAACAUUUCUCACAGCAAUCACUGGCUGCUACACAAUUUCUCUCAGCACCACACCCUGCUCCACAAUAUCUCCAACAGCCACAGGCCAUUAGACAACUUCUCUUGCAACCACAACCCGCCACACAUUUUCUCUCGCAGCUACAGAUUGCUCGUCCACAAAUGGUCUUGCACCCCCUGACUGCUUCACAAAUUCUCUCUCAACCACAGCCUGCUCCUCCACAAACUCUACAUCCGAGUUUACUACGUCGCAAUAAGAAUACUAGAGGCUGUCCAACAAAACAGUCAUCACUCAAGACUUCCUGUAAGCCUCAAGAGCAUAUCAAAUGGCAAGAUCCAAAUCAGACUAAGAAAAUAAUUGGGCACAAGUGUUUCAUAUGCCAAAGGGAUCUUUCAUUAUCAGCAGACGGUUCUGCUUUCAGGUCAAAUCUUCUCCCACCGUCCGCUAUUCUACCAUGUGGCCACACCUUUCAUGAUCACUGCCUUGAACUCAACACCCCUCCUGACCAAGCUACCAAUCCUCCAUGCAUUCUCUGUACCAUCAUGAAAGAGAGUUGAAUCCAUUUACUUGAACACAGAAUAUGAUGUUCUCCAAAUUUUGUUAGUUAGUCCAGAGUAGUAGACAAAGUAACAAGAGCCUAUAAUUGUCUCUUGUUUUUACAAAAUCUGUAUUUGCUGCAUUGAAUUUAACUAUAUAUAGAUGAAAUUCUCAACUGUAUGUAUAUAUGGCUGACAAAGCAAUCAAAUUAUGGGGGGUACUAAAAUAGUUUAUACACAUUUUUGUUAAGAUGGACUAGUGAAUAGUUACAUUUUAUUGUGGUUUAUUCUAUAGUAAACAAUUUAUCAAA